AAUAGACCGCUUUUUUUUUGUUGUUGAUUACAUGUGCGCUAAUACUUUUGACUUGAUUAACCAAACAACAACAAAAAAAAAAUCUAUUUUUAGACAUAUACAUUCGAUAGAAACGGAUAAUUCAUUGAAUCCUUUAAUUAAUAGAAAGUGAUUAAUUUAAAGAAGAAGAAGAAUUAAAAAAAAUGGUGACCGAAGCUGAUUUAAUGAAAUUCAAAGUGCCCGAAUUAAGGCAAAAACUUCAGGAAUUGGGUUUACAACCACGCGGUUUGAAAGCCGAUCUUGCUAGACAGCUUGCUGAUGCAUUGAAUCAGAUCGAAUUGCAGCAACAACAACAACAACAACAACGUUUUCAGCAAUUCCAGACAAAUCAAUUAUCGGCACAAGUGCUGCUGCCGCAACAACAAAUUGACCAGAUUCAUCAUCAUCAACAACUUCAACAGCAACAUCAGCAGCAAAUUUUACUUUUUCAACAACAACAGCAAGCACAACAACAAUUACAACAGCAAAUGUUGAUUCAACAACAACAACAACAUCAGCAACAGAUCCAAUUUCAAGAAUAUCAGCAAAUGCAAAUGCAACAACAACAACAAAAUUUUGAGCCAUAUCUUAAUCAAAUUCAUCAUCAACAACAACAACAAGCUCCACCAACGCCUCAGCCACAACAACAACAACUUUAUAUUGUACAACCAACGCAAAGAACAAUUCUUGUACAGCCUCCAGAACCAGAACCAGAACCAGAAUCACAACAACAGCAAACAAUUGAAAUGCCACAAAUGACCGAAACAAUGAAUAACAUUGUUAAUAUUCCAAAUAUUCAAUCACAAUCGCAAAUUAUAUCCGAACAAGAACAACCACAACAAUUGAUGGAACAGCCGUUACAAUUAGUUACUAAUAUGAACGAUCAAGAAAUAUAUUAUCAACAACAACAACGACAACAGGAAGAAUUGAUACAAGAAUUUAGAGCAGAACAAGAAAUUCAUGACGAACCUCAACCGCAAGAAUUGGUUCAAGAAUCCGAUUUAAGUGCAGAACAAGAAAUUCUUGAUGAACCCGAACAACAAGAAUCGGUUCAAGAAUCUGAAUUAAGACAAGAAUUUCUGGCGCAAGAAUUGAUACCGCAUCCUGAAAUGAAAUCAGAGCAAGAACAACCACACCAAGAAUUACAAGAAGAACCUCAAUUCAAAUCAACUGAAGACAAUUCUAUUGAUCAGCAAAUUUUAUUCGAUAAUGCUGUUGAUGAUCAAAUAAAUGAAAAGAUUGAUGAACAAAAACAACAACAACAAGAUGAAAAUGAAGAAAAAUCAAAUGAAUCGGAAAAAUCUGAUCAACAAAAUUAUGAAGAUAGACUUAAUGAACAACUGAAAACAGAUGAUUCAAAUGAACCAGAAGUUAUUCCAUUCGAAUCGGAAAAUCAUGAAACUCAUGAAGUAGAAUUGGUUGAAAAUGAAUCAGAACUAGUUCAGGAUGUUGAUGUGACUAAAAACAAUUUAAUCGAAAAAAUUGAAACAGAAAUUGUCGAUACUAAUAAACAGGAUUCAAAUGAAAUGAUAGAUGGCGGUUUUUCAGAGGUGCAUGAUGAAACAGACCGGCAACAAUUAUUGCAAACGUUAAACAUGACCGAAGAAGAAUGGUCUAAAUUGAAUAAAAAUCAACGUCGUAAAUUGAAGAAAAAACAUCGAAAUAAAAUCAAACGUAAAGAACGUGAUGAAAUUGAACGAAGACGUGAAGAUGAACGAAGAAAACAACGUGAACAAAUGGAAGCUGAACGAAAACGAAAACAAGAAUUGGAAAAAGCUAUUGAUGAUGCAAUCAAACAAGAAGAUGAGGAUGAUGAUAGAAUGGAUAUUGAUGAAGAAGAUGCACCAGAAGAGGAAAAAGAACGUAAACGUAUGGAAGAAAUGGAACGCCGACGACAAGAACAAUUAGCUAAACAACGACAACUUGAAGAGGAAGCCGAACGGGAAAAAGCGAAUAAAAAAGACGUUGAUAAGAUUGAAAUUGAAUAUGUACCAGAAGACAUGCCUAAAGAUUCUGUAUAUUUGCAAUUCCUUAAAGUUUUUGAUAAAUUUUCAGCUGUCAGUUCAGAUGAAGCACGACGGCUGGAACAAGAACGCUUAGCACAGGAAUCACGUAAUCGGAAAGAUGAUCGAGCAAAAUUGUUGGAAUUGAAAAAACCAGUUGAACUUGAAUUGAAAGAUGACGAUGAUAAAGAUGGUGAAAUGGGUGGACAAAGAUUGUCGAAGCGUCGAAUAAAACAAAUGACACGAAUGUCUGUUGCUGAUCUCAAACAACGAGUGAAUCAUCCUGAACUGGUUGAAAUGCAUGAUAUAACCGCUAAAGAUCCGGUCAUACUAUUGUAUUUAAAAUCAACCAGAAAUACGGUACCUGUUCCUCGGCAUUGGUGCUAUAAACGAAAAUAUCUACAAGGAAAACGUGGAUUUGAAAAACCGCCAUUCAAAUUACCGGAAUUUAUUCGACGAACUGGCAUUCAAGAGAUGCGUGAAGCUGUACUUGAAAAAGAAGAUGCCAAAUCAUUGAAAACAAAAAUGAAGGAAAAAAUUCGCCCGAAAAUGGGUAAAAUUGAUAUUGAUUAUCAAAAACUACAUGAUGCUUUUUUUAAAUGGCAAACAAAACCGAAAGUGACCAUCCACGGUGAUCUGUAUUAUGAAGGAAAGGAGUUCGAAACACGAUUGAAAGAUAAGAAACCGGGUGAAUUGACCAACGAAUUGCGCCAAGCAUUAGGAAUGCCGACAGGACCAAAUGCACAUAAAUGUCCACCACCAUGGUUGAUUGCUAUGCAACGUUAUGGACCACCACCAUCGUAUCCUAAUAUAAAAAUAGCUGGGCUAAAUGCACCAAUUCCCGAAGGAUGUUGUUUCGGUUAUCAUGCUGGUGGUUGGGGCAAACCACCUGUUGAUGAAUAUGGUCGUCCAUUAUAUGGUGAUGUAUUUGGUGUUACUUCGGCAACCAGUGACAAUAUUCAACCAGAUGAAGAAAUUGAUCGAACGCAUUGGGGUGAAAUGGAAUCUGAUGAAGAAGAAGAAGAGGAAGAAUCGGAAGAAGAAGACGAAGAAGAUGGUGAAAAGAAAGAUGCAGAAGAUACAUCAGGAUUGGUUACACCAUCGGUCAAUGCUGAAGGUCUUGUUACACCAAGCGGAAUAUCAACUGGUAUACCAUCCGGUUUAGAAACUCCAGAUAUGAUCGAAUUACGUAAACGAAAACAACAAAUAGAAGCUGAAAUGGAAAGUGGUGACCAACAACAACAGUUAUUCACUGUGAUACCCGAAAAAAAGGUGGAUCGUUUUGCCAAAGAUAUGAUGGGCUCAAUGCACGUAUACGAUUUUGCAUCGUUAUCGAAAACUGGUCAUACAACUUCAUCCAAAUCAUCAUCGAAUAAUGGAGUAGAUGUAGCAUUGGAUCCAAGUGAUCUUGAAUCUGGAAUUGGUCUGGAUUCAUCGACAAUGGCCGCUAAAUAUGAACAAACAUUGCGUGAAACAUCCGGAUCAAAAAAUCCACAUGAAGAUCUUUCCGAUAUGGUGGCCGAACAUGCAUCGAAACAAAAACGUCGAAAACAUGAUCAUCAAAAACAACAAGAAACAACUAGCGGUUCAUCUACAUCUAAAUCAUCGAAAAAAUAUCAGUUUAAAUUCUAGAAUUGUUUGCAUCAAUUAUCAUUUUUGUAAAAUUAUCAAUCUUUUUUUUCUCAUUUAUUAUAAUGCAACAAAAUUGAAUAGAAAAAUGUAUUUUUUUUCACUUUAA